CCACGCGCCUUCUACAAACAUCUAGAGCCAUGAGCAGAUUUUUAGGCUGGGGAUUUCCACAGGUCCCGUCUAAUUCGGUGAUUCCUCUCCGGGACCUCAAGUUCAGGUUCCAGGUUCCCUUGUGCAACCCCAUACCCCACCCCACCUCCCACUCUCAGGGCACCAAAGGCUCCUCCUUCUCAGCCCGGUCUCGCUCCACUAUGCCGAACCGCUCGGCUCAAGGCCAGCCAACCGCCAGCCAGCUAGGAUGUUUAUGUGCGAGGAAGAGGAGGAGCAUCUUCAACUCCGAUGCCGACCCCAUUUCCAAAAUCCUUUCCAAAGUAUGUUUGCAUUCCCUUGCAUCACAUUCCAAUUCUUCUGAUCACUUGAAAAUGCGUCGCGCUCUUACACGGGGUAUCUCUGCUGCAGCAGUACGAACGUCUGGGUCAACAGCAGCUCUCAGAAUGCCUUCUGCGGCCCAAAACUCGAAGAUAGCAGCUCGCAGACUCCACGCCACGGCGCAACAGCUCAAGCCAGCUGCUGCUUCUGCCUUCACCGCCGAAAACUAUCCUACUACACACGAAAAGAUUCAAGAUGUGCAAGACACGCCCUACUUCAUCGACAAUAAGUUCGUCAAGUCGCAAGCUACACAAUUCAUCGAGCUACACGACCCCGCAACAAAUAACCUCGUUACGAGAGUUCCACAAAAUACAGAUGCCGAGCUCAAAGCGGCCGUAGAGAGUGCGAAGAAGGCAUUCCCGGAAUGGAAGGCCACGAGUAUUAUGGCUAGGCAGCAGAUUAUGUUCAAGUUCACCCAAUUGGUUAGGGAUAACUGGGACAGGUUGGCUGCUAGUAUUACCUUGGAGCAGGGCAAGACUUUUGCUGACGCCAAAGGAGAUGUUCUUCGAGGAUUACAAGUUGCAGAAGGCGCAUGCAAUAUCCCUCAACAAAUGAUGGGAGAGGUGCUGGAGGUAGCAAAGGACAUGGAAACUAGAAGCUACAGAGAGCCAUUAGGUAUCGUGGCUGCUAUUUGCCCAUUCAACUUCCCCGCUAUGAUACCUCUUUGGUCCAUUCCAAUUGCCACUGCCACCGGAAACUGCCUUAUCCUGAAGCCCUCAGAACGUGAUCCUGGAGCAGCAAUGAUUCUCGCCGAGCUUGCAGAGAAGGCUGGUAUGCCACCUGGAGUUUUGAAUGUCAUCCAUGGAUCUGCAAAGACUGUUGACUUUAUUAUCGACGAGCCAGCUAUUAAGGCUAUCAGUUUCGUCGGAAGUAACAGAGCUGGAGAGUAUAUUUUCAGCCGUGGAUCGGCGAAUGGAAAGCGUGUCCAAGCCAAUUUGGGAGCAAAGAACCACGCCGCUAUCCUCCCAGAUGCCAACAAGCAGCAUGCUCUUAAUUCGAUUGUUGGUGCUGCUUUCGGUGCUGCCGGUCAGCGCUGCAUGGCUCUCAGCACGCUAGUUAUGGUUGGAGAGACUAAGGAAUGGCUCAACGAGCUCGCUGAGAGCGCCAAGUCUCUGAAGGUUAAUGGUGGCUUUGAGGCUGGCGCCGAUCUGGGACCAGUCAUCUCGCCACAAAGCAAGGAGAGAAUCGAGCAUUUGAUUGACAGUGCCGAGAAGGAAGGUGCCACUAUCUUGUUGGAUGGCCGUGGCUACAAGCCAGACAAGUAUCCAAAUGGCAACUGGGUCGGCCCAACCAUUAUCACAAAUGUUAAGACGCACAUGAAGUGCUACACUGAGGAAAUCUUUGGCCCAGUUCUGGUCUGCUUGAACGUCGAUUCUCUUGAUGAGGCAGUUGAUCUGAUCAACGCAAACGAGUACGGCAAUGGCGUUGCAAUCUUCACAAAAUCCGGAGCAACCGCCACAGCAUUCCAGAAGAACAUUGAGGCAGGGCAAGUGGGAAUCAAUGUGCCGAUUCCAGUUCCUCUUCCUCUCUGGUCGUUUACAGGAAACAAGAAGAGCAUUGCAGGUGGUGGUGCGAAUACUUUCUAUGGCAAACCGGGGUUGAACUUCUAUACCCAACUCAAGACUGUUACCAGUUUGUGGAGAAGCGAGGAUGCCAUCUCUAAAUCAGCGGAUGUGGCGAUGCCUACUCAUAGCUAAGAAAAGUUUAAAUUGAGGUUGAUUGUACAUAAUCUGGUUGCACUUCAAUGCUUUUUGUGCUACUGAGUUUUGGGGAGGAUAUUCAUGAUAAAUGAUUAGCGACGGUACAUGCACGUGGGUACAAAUUGCCAUGAACAUAGUAUUGGUGUUAAUCUCAAGAAUCCAUUCACCUGUUGCUUUACUGCGCAGCAAGUCACUGUCUCCUUUCCUCGUCAGUAUCUGCUCGGUCACUAGUACAAGUCCAACCGC